UGUCAAAGUAUUCCGACGACGACGAGCUAACAGAUACACCUAAGCUAAACUACCCAAACCGAACUUAUUUCGAAUUGGAUCUUAUUUAAAAUAGAAAAAAAAAUAAUUUGGGAAAUGUUAGCAAUUAACUUUGUAUAUCGAGGGUUAACCCCUCAACUCAGGCAAGCUCCCAACAUAGCACAAAUGCCUAUGUUGCAUCAUUCAAAGAUUCCCCAAUUCACAUCCCGAGCAAUACGUAGCACUGUGCGAAAUAACAAUGCACCUCGAGCCCGUCUACAAACAACCCCAUUUGAUAAUUACCCCGUGAAUACAGGACCCGUACCCUCCGGAAAUCUCGUCAAAGCAUUCCUCUUCACAGGCGCGUUUAGUGCAGGAUGCUUUUUAGGUGCCACAAUAUGCGAAUAUGAAAGAGCUCGCAAUCAUAUGAUAGAGCUGGCAAAGAAAUCUAAAUUUCCGUGGUUAAGAAGAUCAGACGAAGGAAGAAGCAAGUAUAGUCAAAUAAAAAGAGAACUCACAACAUUAUGGGAUAAAUUAACUGCUGGAGAGAAGGUGUUUGUUCCAUUGUGUGCCUUAAACCUGUUAGUGUUUGGGCUCUGGAGAGUUCCGCAAAUGCGAAACAUAAUGUUAACGUAUUUCUGUUCAAAUCCUGCUGCACGUGUUGUCUGUUGGCCCAUGUUCCUCUCUACUUUUAGUCAUUAUUCUUUUUUCCAUAUCUUCGCCAAUAUGUACGUUUUACAUAGUUUUAGUAACGGAGCUGUUUUAUCACUAGGUAAGGAACAAUUCAUGGCUCUUUAUCUAAGCGCUGGAGUCGUGGCAAGUUUGUCGAGUGUUAUUGUCAAGGCGAUAACUUCCACAGCUGGAAUGUCAAUUGGAGCGUCAGGUGCGAUUAUGACGAUCCUAGCUUAUGUUUGUACACAAUACCCGGAUACACAAUUGAGCAUUCUGUUUCUGCCAAUGGUCACUUUUUCAGCGGGAUCGGCGAUAAAGGUUAUAAUGGGACUUGAUUUGGCUGGCGUUAUUUUGGGAUGGAAGUUCUUUGACCAUGCUGCACAUUUAGGAGGAGCUAUGUUUGGAGUAUUUUGGGCUUACUAUGGAAAUGAAGUUUGGCAAAGGCGAGUAAAGUUCUUGAGCAUGUACCACGAUUGGCGAAAAACAAGUCAUUAGGUAAAUUUCAAACGAAACACAAAAAAAAACACACAACUUUAAGUUAUUAGUUAAAAAUAAUAAUUCUUUUAAUUAUUUACAUGUUACUAUUGUAAAACAUAUUUAAUAAAAAAAAAACGAAAAUUUUAACUUG